GGGCUAAAAAUAUGUGGGCUAAAAAGACAGAGUAGUUAAUAAAUGUAUUUAAACUGAAUUAAUUUAUCAAUUGAAUCAUUAAAAAGCAAACGAGUAAACAGCUACCGGUUUCUAAUCCUUGGCAUUAAAUUUGCUUUUGUAGCUUGUAGGAUUUUGCUUGCCACGCUCUGUAGCAGCCUCAAGUGCACAGAGCAUCAGGCACUAGGACAGGUGGCCUUGGGCCAAUUGCUCUCUCUUCACUUAACACAGGAUUGUUGUGAAGAUGAUAAUGUGUGUGUGUGUGUGUGUGUGUGUGUGUGUGAGAGAGAGAGAGAGAGAGAGAGAGAGACACCCUGUAUGUUGCCUUGAGCUCCUGGGAGGAACGGCAGAACAAGAGAACUCUGCAUUGUACAAAAUUAAUGGAAGUUUCUCAGAUGGGGCUGGAACUCUUGACGGGCCCUGCUUCAGCGCCGAAAUCCGUGCAGUGGGGAUGCUAAUUAUCAACUGGCGGUCAUUAAUGCAAGCAUUUCCCCUCAUUUCGAACAUGUUCUUUUGAUUUUGCAUUAAUGGGCACCUUCUGUUGCGUCACACGGGCGGGGAGAAGAAGCGGAGUAGGGAAGAAGAAGCCCCCCCUCCUCUGCGUUUCUGAGUAAGGGGGGCAAUUGCGAGUUGUCCCUUAAGUGCCCAUUCCUGGAACGAGGAACUUGGAGGCCGGUUCCUUGGGCAGCGCGCAAGCUUCCCGCACGCGACGCGCUGCAAAACUGCUGCACCCCCCGCCCCCCCUCCGCCGGGAAGCCCGCGCGCCGGGAGCUGGAGCUGCGCGUUGCUCUCGCUCGGAAGAGCUCCGCAGUUCCCAAAUCUUACUCUUCAUUUGGUUCCUUGUCUUAUUUUUUUAAUUACUCGAUUGGGGGGGCGGGACAUUUUUUCUCCCACCCUUCACUGCAAAAAGAAAUCGAGAGGUUUGGUGGGGGUUUACCCCCAUUAAACAGCCAAAGAGAGGCAUUCACAGUUUUGCAAAUUGAGUACAUUUCUUUCUCCAUGCUCAAACCUUUCAGGGUUCUCCAGCAAGAGGAAAGCCAGCGAAAAGAUUCGCCUGCUUUGUAGCAAAGUGCAAUGAAGAGCCAAUUCCAACAUUCAGCUUCAUUGGAUGGCUGUGGGUUCUAAUAUUACAAAGAGGGCGAGAGAGAUGCUCUGUGUCCACUUUCUUCAUCCUCUGAAUGGUCUUCCUGGUCGUCUUACCCCAGAUGUUUACUUGGAAGAAGGGUCCUCUUUCUUCACUGAGACAUAUGCCACUUAAUGUGAAGAUAUCACAGGCUUUCUCUGGCGGUUUAAUUAUAGACUGGCAGCCGCUCUUCAUGGCUAUACUUCGUUGGGGAGCUGACAGUCUGUUAGCAGGAAGAACCUCUCAUACGAGUUUGAGUCAGCACGCUUCCAAGAACUGCUUUCAAGGACUGAAUAUAAAGACAGUGGUGACAUCUUCCUGUGAUUUGCAGGCUUUCUGAGAGAUGAUCAGAGAGAAGGCAGAUGAACAAACUCGGCAGCUUUUCCGCUUCACAGAGGCAACACCAAGAGUCUCCUUUUAGCCCAACAUCAACCAGCUUGCUGUCUCACUACCGUGCAUUUCGUGAUCAUGAAUGGGAAGUGGUGGAACGGUCGCUUGGCCUCCUGCAGGCCAGUGGAUUUUACUGGGGCCCUUUGUCUGUUCACGAGGCCCAUGCUAGGUUACUGCAAGAGCCGGUGGGGACCUACUUGCUGCGAGACAGCUCUCAGGGAAACUGCCUUUUCAGCCUCAGCGUCCGCAUGCCGUCUGGACCCGUCAGCCUCCGGAUCUCUUUCAGCAAAGGCUACUUUUGGCUGAAGGACUGGUUUUCGGACUGUGUACUGAGGUUGCUUGAACUAGUGGUGGCGGGAACCAGGACUAAACCCCUCCACUGUGAUGCAAUGGGAGAAGCUCCUCUAGUAUUUUCUGAGCCCCUCUGCAGGGAGCAUAGGGCUGUGCCCACGCUGCAGGAACUCUGCCAACGCACCUUACCUGCUUCCAGCAGGACUGGGCGGGGCAGUUGUUGGACUCUACCUCUUCGUUGGCAACAGAAAUGCCAAAAUGUGGGGGGGGGGGUAUGCAAAUAUUGAUGACGCCAAUGCGCUAAUAGAAUGAGUCAUUGCUUUUCCUGCUUUCUUAGGGUCUGUUUCAAUUUCCUUUUAUAGGCUAGAGGUAAACAUUGCCUUUCAUCCGCAUCUUGGUAUUCCAGCUGCCUAAGCCAGUCUUUCCUGAUGGAACAUUGAAACUUGGUUUCAGAGAUCUGAUGCUGAGAUAGGACUUAGUGCGUAGAAGUUGAAUGCUGAUCUCUAGAACCAGAGAGGCACUGCUCUGUGUAUAUGGGAGAUUAUUGGAAAACUUAGGCUGCUACCACUUACCUGCGAGUAAGCUUCAUUGAACUCAACAAAACUCACUUUGAGUUGACAUGUAGAAGAUAGCACUGUUAUACUUGCAACCAAGCCUUCUUCUCAGUUGGGCAGGUUCAGCAGUGUCUAGUUUUCUCCUCCAUGCAUCUCCCUAAAUUCUCUUUCCCACUGGGUACUGUCCUCAUUGUGUCAGGGUAGGAAGUAGAAGGCUUUUAUUUUAGCACUUCCCAGCAACUCCAUUAUUUGGCUUAAGAUUAUCAUUAUUUUAUAAGAAAAAUGUGAGUCUUUAAUACAAUAGUCAAGAUUAUUGUAUUGGGUGAGUCACACUUGUGGAAAAAUGGAGGAAUUUAAUGAAGAUUAAAAAG